CCCCUCCCCGCAUCCUUCUCCUCUCGCUCCCAGGCCGCCCGGGACGCGGGCUCGCACCUCCGCCGAGGCGCGGCCGGCCCUGAGGAGAGCGGCGGCGAGCGCCGUCCCGCGGGGAGGCGGUGGGACGGGACGAGCCCUCCGUGGCCGCCCCGGCGCCGGCAUCGCCCUCAGGUGCGGAGUCCCCGCCCGCUGCGGGGGGCCGGCAGAGAGGGGCGGCAUGGAGCCCCGCCGGCCGCUGGGGCCGUGGUAGGGCGGCAGGCCGGCGCCGCGGCGGAGGGACCCCCACGGCGUGCAGGCGGCCCGCGGCCGGACAGAAGCGUGGUGGAUGCGUAGGCUGCGGCAGGAAGAACUCCAGCGGAGACCCGCGGCAGCCUGGCAAAGCACGGGUGUGAGCGGGCUCGGGUGCCACCCCCGCCAGCGCUGCCCCCGCGGGGCGGCGGUGCUGCGAAAAAGGCGGAGGAGAGACGGAUUUUUUUUUAACUUAAUUUUUAACUCCCCUUGUUUUCCAGAUCGUGAGGAUUUCCUUCCUCGUAGCCCCUAGCUUAUUUGUGUAGUGACAGCUACAAACUGGCGGUGGGGGCCGAACGGUCGGAGACGCAUACAUUUAUCUGGGAUUUUGAGACUUUAAAAAAAAUUAUCUUCGAUGUGGGAGGUGGCAGGCGGUGAAAACGGUGGCGUUAACUCACGCGGACGGGGGGGGCGUUAAAUCUGUCCCCUGGCGCACCGGAGCAUCGGCAGCAACCGGCACAUGUUGCAACAAACUCGGCGAGAGGAAGGCAGAGGCACCGUCUGCCGGCAUGGAUCAAACUUAGGCCAGCUCAGCCGAGUUAAACAACCAGAUCUGAAUAUCAGCAAUGCAGCUGGGUAGUUCUGUGUCAGCCUCUCUCCCAAGGAACAGCCAAGUGACAUGGACAGAAACGAAUUGUGUGCUUUAAAAUGCAGCUCUGCUUAUUAUGUAAUUGGAAGAUAUGAGAAAUGAGUGUUGGACGCAGAAGGCUAAAGCUGCUGGGAAUUUUGAUGAUGGUAAACAUUUUUAUUUAUGUGAUUGUGGAAGUCUCAAAAAGUGGCAGCCAGGAGAAGAAUGCGAAAGGCCGUGUUAUUAUACCACGCAGCAAAUUCUGGAGAAAAUAUACUCCUCACAAAGCUUAUUGGAACAAACAGCAACAAAAGCUUGAACUGCUGUACAACCCUAUCCUGACUGUGCUUUCCAACAUGACUGUGGAAGAGAACUUACUUUCAAACUCUAGUGUUCUCAGUUCCUGUGACCCUGAUCCAUGGGUAUCUUCAGAGGUUAGUGACUUUGCAAACUUGCCAGACAGAUUCAAAGACUUUCUGCUUUAUUUAAGAUGUAGAAAUUAUUCUUUAUUAAUGGAUCAGCCAAACAAGUGCAAACAUAAACCUUUUCUGCUGCUGGCUAUUAAGUCACUUACACCGCAUUUUGAUAGAAGGCAAGCAAUUAGGCAAUCCUGGGGCAAGGAAAUAAAAUCGGGGGAUGUGACAGUCAAAAGGGUCUUCUUACUUGGGCAGACCCCACCAGAGGAUAACUUUCCUGAUCUUUCUGACAUGAUAAAAUUUGAGAGUGAAACCCACCAAGACAUUCUCCUCUGGAACUACCGAGACACUUUCUUCAAUUUAACUCUGAAAGAGGUGCUGUUUCUUAAGUGGGUCAGCAGCAGCUGCGCGGAUGUCCAGUUUAUUUUUAAGGGUGAUGAUGAUGUUUUUGUGAAUACCCAUCAGAUCCUGGAUUACUUGAAGAGCUUAUCAAAGGAAAAAGCCAAAGACUUAUUUAUAGGUGAUGUGAUCAAAGAUGCUGGACCUCAUAGAGAGAAAAAAUUGAAGUACUACAUCCCAGAAAGUGUUUAUGAAGGUUCGUAUCCUCCGUAUGCAGGAGGUGGUGGGUUUUUGUACUCUGGUGAUCUGGCAUUAAGACUGAAUAAUGCAUCUGACCAGGUACUCCUUUACCCUAUUGAUGAUGUUUAUACUGGAAUGUGCCUUCAGAAGCUUGGGCUCGCUCCGGAAAAACACAAAGGCUUCAGAACAUUUGAUAUCGAAGAGAAAUACAGAAAUAACAUAUGUUCCUACACAAACUUAAUGUUAGUACAUAGCAGAAAACCUCAAGAAAUGAUUAAGAUUUGGACACGCUUGCAAGAUCCACACUUAAAUUGUUAAAGUAAUGUGUGUAAGUGUCUUCAGUCCAAAUAACUUUCCAAAUUUGAGUCUGACUUUCUUGGUGGACCACUGAAGCUCUGUUUAAUAGUUUUCUCUGGAAAUGUUUUCCUCUGUCUUUGAAAAUGAGAAUAAAUACUAAAAUUUGAGGGGAUGGCUUGAAGACUUGGUCCUGACUUCACCACUCUCCUGGUGGUCAUUAUGUUUCAAGCUUUGUCUUAAUUUUAAAACAGACUUCAAGAAUGUAAUAGCUGUUAGUGGCUGGUUAGUUGUACUGAAAGCAGGGAUUGCCUACUACAAUGCAUUUUUCCCUAAUUGUGAUGGUGGAAGAUAACUUUUCCAUGAAUAGCAUUUGUGUGGGAGUGUGUGGAAACAACUGUAAUUUGAAAAUUCAGAAAUUGGAGGAAUGUAGUUUUACGUUAGGUAUGAAACACUCUUAUGAGACUUUAACAAUUGAAUUUAUUUUAAUUUAUAGUUUUCAGUCUUUUUGCACCCUGGAACGGUGUUUUCUCCUUUACUUAGGAUCUUUCGUGCAAAGUGUGCCUGUGCCUGAAGGAUUUACUCUUUUAGUAGAUGAUGCUUUUUUUUUUUUCCCAAAAAAGCAUAAUACUGUUUGAAACGCCCUAUAAAAGAGCUCGAUCUAUAAGGAAAAGAAAGAACAGAUUUUGUUUGGGGCUGGGCACUAGGUACAGUUAGGUCUGCCCCCUGCCCCAGGCUGACUUGUUUCUUAUGUGAAGAGCUACUCUGGUCAGUUCUUGUUUCCUGUUUUGGCACUAAACGUGAUCAGGUAGCUUGAUUUGAUGCAAAUAACUGAAAUUGCACAUUGCUUAUGAGAGCAUGGUUUGGAUUUCCUGUAAAGUGGUAGCAAAUCUAGAAUUGUGCAGAUCCUAAGAGUUUUGAAUUUUGAAACAACGUUUGAAGUUGCAUGAUGUCUCAUGUAGAGUUAAACAUGUUCUCAAAACUCAGAUUUUCCUCUGUAUUUCCACAUCUUGCUUAUAAGAGUUAUUCUAAAUAGUGGUUGCUUCCUUUGUAUAUGUAGAAGUGCCUGUCUAUUUAUUGUUCAGAUUGAAGACCAAAACAUUUUCUUAAAUAUAUUUUGUGUAACAUUUUAUUUGUUUAGUGUUGUCACUCAGAUAUUUAAAUAAAGCAUGAUAUUUUAAAUCUGUGAGAUGUGUAACAAGUUAAAUAAAGCUAAUAGUUAUUUUUGAAUUUGAAAAA